CCGCGCCAGCCGAGCCUGGUGGAGUGUAGCUCGUCUGUGCUGCCUUCUGCCAGGCUCGCUCCUUCGCCUGGCGUUUGUCGACUUCGCUCCAUGUCCCCGGUGGGCACAGCACCCCGGAACCUCCACGCUCAUGGCCGCUAGCCUGAGGAGUCCCUCCUUCACCUCCCAUUCUUCCUCCCCGACCGACACAGACGAUGAGGGCGUGCGCGGCACUUGCGAAGAUGCUUCUAUUUGCAAGAGGUUUGCAGUAAGCAUUGGCUACUGGCAUGACCCUUACAUCGAGCAUUUUGUGAGACUGUCUAAAGAGAGGAAGGCCCCUGAAAUUAACAGAGGAUAUUUUGCUCGCGUCUAUGGAGUCAGGCAGCUUAUAAAGGCAUUUCUACAGAAGAUAGAAUGUCAGUGUCAGAUUGUAAACCUCGGGGCUGGUAUGGACACUGCCUUCUGGACAUUAAAGGAUGAAGAUCUUCUCCCAAGUAAAUAUUUUGAAGUUGACUUUCCAGGGAUAGUCACAAGAAAGCUGCACAGCAUCAAAUUCAAGUCUGUCCUGUCAAAACCCAUUUUAGACUUACAUUCAGAGGACACACUUCAAAUGGAUGGACACAUGUUGGAUUCAAAGAGAUAUGCCAUUAUUGGAGCAGAUCUCCGAGAUUUACCUGAACUGGAAGAGAAACUAAAGAAAUGUAACAUGAAUACACAAUUGCCGACACUCCUGAUAACUGAAUGUGUGCUGGUUUACAUGACUCCAGAGCAGUCUGCAAACCUUCUCAAGUGGGCAGCCAACAGUUUUGAGACUGCUAUGUUCAUAAACUACGAACAGGUGAACAUGGAUGAUCGGUUUGGGCAGAUCAUGAUUGAAAACCUGCGGAGACGACAGUGUGACCUGGCAGGAGUGGAAACCUGCAAGUCGUUAGAGUCGCAGAAAGAACGGCUCCUGUCAAAUGGGUGGGAAACAGCAUCUGCAGUCGACAUGAUGGAAUUGUACAGCAGAUUACCUCGAGCUGAAGUGAGCAGAAUAGAGUCACUUGAAUUCCUGGAUGAAAUGGAGCUUCUUGAGCAGCUCAUGCGGCAUUACUGCCUUUGUUGGGCAACCAAAGGAGGAAGUGAACUAGGUUUGAAGGAGAUCACUUAUUAUUAAUCUGCUCAAGGCUCAUGCUGAGCCAGGAGCUGAAGCCACUGACCCUCCCGGAGCUGAUAUGCCGCCUUUCCCGAGUGACAGCGAGAUCUCGCCUGCCAGUCCCAUCCCACACUCGGAGAGACCUCGGUCAUUAGGGUUGUCGCACCAGUUCUUGUUCCUGUUGACUUGUCCUUUAAAUAAAUCUUGGUUGUCAGUUG